UCCUCUCCCAAAGCGCGAGAACUGUUAACAUUUGCCCUUCCCUUUUUCGUUAUUCCGAGGGCUCCUCUCGCGGCUUACUCCUCCAUCUUCCUUCGUCCGCCGGCGUGCGAUCCACCCGAUCCCUCGCCGUUGUUCUUUCGCGAUCGUCGCCUUAUGGACUUCCCUUCCUAUUCGACCAGUAAAGAGCAAGCGAGGAUCUACAAUGAGUGGUUUUCUUUCGCCGAUUCAGAUGGAGAUGGCCGGAUCACGGGGAACGAUGCCAUCAAGUUCUUCUCCUUGUCGAAUCUAUCUCGCCCCGAUCUCAAACAGAUAUGGGCGAUUGCAGACUCUAAACGACAAGGCUUUCUUGGGUUUGGAGAGUUUGUUACAGCAAUGCAGCUUGUGGCUCUAGCACAAGCAGGGAAUGAGAUUACCCAAGAUACACUUGCUAAUGCAGACUUGGAGAAAUUGAAUCCACCAGUGAUGGAAGGUUUAGAUACUCUGCUCUCUAGAAAUAAGGCGUCAACAAAGAAAAUUGAUCCUGAGAUAGAUGUGAACUCUAAGCCUCAAAAUCCUCCAUCAACCGUUCAGUGGUUUAGUUCAAAAUCAGCGAAGAAGAUACCUCUGAGCCAAGUUACUUCAAUCAUAGAUGGUUUGAAGAGAUUAUACGUUGAAAAGCUGAAGCCCUUGGAAGUUACUUACCGGUUCAACGAUUUUGUUUCACCCCUUCUGACAAACAGUGAUUUUGAUGCUAAGCCCAUGGUUAUGCUCUUGGGUCAAUAUUCUACUGGAAAAACGACAUUCAUAAAACAUUUACUCAAAACUAGCUACCCAGGUGCUCAUAUUGGACCAGAGCCUACAACUGACCGAUUUGUUGUUGUUAUGUCGGGACCUGAUGAAAGGACUAUUCCUGGGAAUACCAUAGCUGUUCAAGCGGAUAUGGCUUUCAGUGGUCUUACAAUGUUUGGAACUGCAUUUUUGUCAAAAUUUGAGUGCUCACAAAUGCCAAAUCCGCUUCUGGAACAUAUCACAUUUGUUGACUCUCCUGGGGUUCUUUCUGGAGAAAAACAACGUACUCAACGCAGUUAUGACUUUACCGGUGUGACAUCAUGGUUUGCAGCAAAAUGCGACCUUAUACUUCUUCUAUUUGAUCCCCAUAAGCUUGACAUCAGUGAUGAGUUCAAGCGUGUUAUUGGAUCUCUGCGUGGUCAUGAUGACAAAAUACGUGUGGUUCUAAAUAAGUCAGACCAAGUUGACACGCAGCAGCUAAUGAGAGUUUAUGGUGCAUUGAUGUGGUCACUUGGGAAGGUUCUGAAUACUCCUGAAGUAAUGCGUGUCUAUAUUGGUUCAUUCAAUGACAAGCCAAUUAACGAAGCAGCUGUUGGUCCACUUGGAAAGGAACUGUUUGAAAGAGAACAAGAUGACCUCCUUUCUGAUCUGAAAGAUAUUCCUAAGAAGGCGUGUGAUCGCAGGAUCAACGAAUUUGUUAAGAGGGCUCGAGCGGCAAAGAUUCAUUCUUACAUUAUUAGCCACCUGAGAAACGAGAUGCCAGCCAUGCUAGGCAAGGCAAAGGCUCAACAACGGCUCAUUGAUAACCUGGAGGAUGAGUUUGCAAAGGUUCAACGGGAAUACCAUUUACCAGCUGGAGAUUUCCCCAAUGUCGAGCACUUCAGAGAAAUCCUAGGUGGUUACAGCAUCGACAAGUUCGAGAAACUGAAGCCAAAAAUGAUACAGGCCGUUGACGAUAUGCUGGCAUAUGACAUCCCGGAACUACUAAGAAACUUCAGAAACCCAUAUGAACGGUAAGUUGUCAUCCCCCAGAUGCAGUACAACAGCCACCAAAGAGGGCAUUGAGUUCGUCCGAUCAUAGUAUCACUGCAGCAAAAAAACAUGCACUGCUCUGGUUGUUCCAUGCUUGUACCAGUUUGUCCGAGAUGUGUAAGUUUGUGAUCUACAAUCUGGCCAUUGUUGGCUAUUGUGAUAAGAACAUAUUUCGCUGAUUAACUGAUGUAAUAUCUAAAUCGUGAUCAUCUUUCCAUUGCAAUAAUUAUGUUGUGCACCCAAAAAGGAACCCUU